AUGGCGAUGCCGGAGCAGUUCUCACUGCGGUGGAACGACUUCCACGCGAACCUGUCGCAGUCGUUCCACGCGCUGCUUGAGGGCGAGGACCUGGUGGAUGUGACGCUGGCGGCAGGGGGCCAGUAUGUACAUGCUCACAAGCUGAUUCUCUCUGUCUGCAGCCCCUACUUCAAAGAGCUAUUUAAGAUGAACCCGUGCGAGCACCCUAUUGUGAUUCUGAAGGACGUGGCGCACCAGGAACUGCGGCAGUUGCUACAAUUCAUGUACCGCGGCGAGGUGCAUGUACGUCAGCAAGAGCUGUUCGGUUUUCUGCAUACGGCCGAGAUGCUGCAGGUUAAAGGCCUCACUGUAGGCCGCGAGACAAGCGAAUCACCGCCAGCAGUCCCUGAAGAGCCAAAGCCCAAGCAAGAGCCGAAAGCCGAAGUGGUAGAGGCGCAGCCCGAGUGGGUUCCAGGCGGGGAGGACACCAUCGCUACAGAGGCGCCGAUGGAACCGGUCGUCAAGGAAGAGACUGCCCGCAGUCCACUUAAAAGAUUGUUGAAGAAUACUGGCCACAAGAAUAGCUACAACACGAAGAAAGAACGGCGGACGAUGAAUGACGCCCAAGCAACGCCCGAGAACACAGAAUACACUUCCGACAAUGAGCCGUUGAUCGACUUCGACAACGACCUGUUCCACAGCGUGCUUGUGCUACCUGAGUCCGCCAAAGGGUGGAACUGUAAAACAGGGGGCGUCAAGUGCCCAAACUGCCACCGAUUCUUUGCGAAUCGCUACAACCUGAAGGUGCAUAUCCGUGAUAAGCACGAUACGCGUGAAGGAACCCUGCAGUGCGACAUCUGUCAGAAGCGCAUGCGUAACCCGUCGUGCCUGCGCGUGCACAUGUAUCACCACCGCAAGCAGGCCGCUUAUCUCGCGCAACUCUCUAACCAGCCGGACCACAUGACACAAGUAAUACAGAACAUGGCAGGCAAUAAAUGGCGCAAAGAAGCUCCACCCGGCAGCGUAGAUUACAGAGAAUUUGAUACGACAUCGAAUCCGCCUGCGGGCAAAUGGAAGAAAGACGCUCCGCCCGGAGCCGGUGCCGACUACAGGGAAGCGGAAAACCGCGGGUCUUCGGCGACGCCCGAGCCGAGCAAAUCUUCGGAGACCGAGCUGCCGCCGUCGCCCGACCCCGCUAAACCUGAGGCCGACUCACCCGCGGUAUGAUGGCAUCGCCGCGCCUGGCGCCUCGCCACUCGUACACCGCAAUGCUCUCGGAUAUCACACACAUAAUCGUCCACGAAUCCAAGUUACAAUGAUUGACUUAUUAAAAUUAAUUCAAAACGUAGUAUUUAAAGGCAGCUACAAGCAGCUGUAAGUAUAGAAAGUAAGACAACUAUUUUAUAUGAAAUCAUAUGUCAAUGUUCACACAAUCAAAGGUUUACGAAAAUCGUUGUCACAAAAAAGAGAUUAUUUUUAUGAAUUUUGUAUGUAUGUAGUAAUGUUGUUACCAAGUAAGAAAACAGCGCGUCCAGAGCAAUGUGGUGUUCAAUCUGUAAUUAAUAACAUUCCACCACACACGUUCCAAAGACUGAAGCAUCAAUAAAAUAAUGUUUAUUCAUAAAGGAGCAUUUGUAGAGCGAUGUACAGCAGCGGUCUGCAUCUAUCGCACGGGUGUCGCGUUUUGUGUUCACGACGUAUUCGUACUUACGGUAAUUUCAAUACAGGUGUUAGCCUAGUAAUCAUUCUUAAAUAAACCACCCUGUGCUCUCUGAAUUACAAAUAAUAUUCUAAGAUUCACAUGAACCGCCUCCAUUAUUAUAUUCCGACGUUUACUGUCUUUAGCACUUCGUGGCGUACUUGUACACUGACGGCAACAAAGUGAUACUUUAAUCGAUUUUAACGGACUAUCCAGAUUUGAUUACACAUAACAUUAAGGUUUAUGCGAAUAAUGUACAAAUAUUUUGGUGAUGCAUUUGUAUUUUUUCACGAUUUGUCAGUGGUCGAGUGCGUCGCAUCGCGACGAUGAUCAUCAAGUGACACAGUCAAGUACAAGUUUUAUGAAAAUAGUGUAUUAGGCAGCUAGAUCGAAACAAGAGUAGGUUAUUUAAUAUAACAAAACAAUGUUGCCAUUCACAAGUGUACAAAAAUGUUUGUAUCCGAGUUGAUUAUGCUUAGCGCAAACGCGCCGAGCCUGAACAAAGCAUAACCUUACAGUACAAAUGCGAUAUUAUGUAUAAUAUUCAUCUAUAAAUCUAUGCUUUACUUAGUCUGUAAGUUUGCUUAACUUUAAGAACAUUUUAAGAAUCAUUUUGAAUAAAUAACUUUCUUAUACGUACAAUAUUAGUUUGGUAACGAUGAUGUAUACAUUUUUUAUAUAUUUUG